GUGGAGACAAUGUCAGUAUCAGGUAGUGAAACUGACACAGGUUGCGAGUUGCGGAAGUGGCUGUGUACACGAGGUGCGAGCCGAGCACUACAUUGCAGCCUCGGUAACAAGUGGGAAGGAUUGAAAAAGUCGCUCACAUUCAAACUUUUAUUUAUUUAUUUUAUAUGGGCCGGGGAGGGGGGAAGCGGUAACAGUAUGGGGGAGAUCUGCGCUCCUGCAGGGACAAGUACGGCGCACAGAGUGGCACAGCACAGGAGGAGAAGAUGAAUUCUCAAAAGCAGUUGACCCAUUCCAUGGCCAUUCGUGCCGAAAUCCAGAGGUUUGAGAGCGUCCAGCCCAAUGUUUACACCGUCUACAAGUUACUGCAUCGCGUUCCCGAUCCCUCGCUGCGGGACACCAUUCGGCAACUUGUUACGCACAUUGAAGAGGCCUUUGUGAACAGCCAAGAAUGGACGCUAAGCCGCUCGGUCCCAGAGCUCCGGCUGGGACUGGUCGGCAGUCUGCGCAGUGGGAAGUCUGCACUUGUGCAUCGAUAUCUGACUGGCACCUACGUCCGGGAUGAGUCUCCAGAAGGUGGUCGAUACAAGAAGGAAAUCAAUGUCAAUGGUCAGAGCCAUUUGCUGCUGAUCAGGGAUGAAGGAGGUCCUCCAGAUGCACAGUUCUCAACAUGGGUGGAUGCUGUUAUAUUUGUCUUCAGCCUGGAAAAUGAGAAGAGCUUUGAGACCAUUUACAAUUAUUACACCAGGCUCACGAGCUACCGGAGUACAGCUGAGAUUGCUGUGAUGCUGGUGGGAUCGCAGGAUGCAAUCAGCGCCACCAAUCCGCGAGUCAUUGACGAUGCUCGAGCACGAAAACUCUGCGCUGACCUGAAACGCUGCAUGUAUUAUGAGACAUGCGCAACGUAUGGACUCAACGUCGACCGAGUGUUUAAUGAAGUCACACAGAAGAUCUCAGCCAUUAAGAAGCAGCAUCUUUUUGCCACAUCGUGCAAGUCUCUGCCAAGCUCUCCAAGCCAUUCAGCUGCCUCUACCCCGGUCUCUACCAUCCACAGCAGCCAGGCAAGCAAUGGUGGAAACAUGAGUGAUUAUUCCUCUUCUCUUCCCUCCACUCCAAACAUCAGUCAUCGGGACCUGCGGGCUGAUGUUUGCCAAGCUUCUGGUACCCCUGGUUCUGUCCGCAAACACUCGAAAAGACGCUCAAGUCUGUUUGCUACUCGGCGGGGAAGUGAUUCAGAGAGGAGGAGUCUGGACAGUAAAGCAGAUAACAUUGGAAGUGGCCGUGCAAUCCCAAUUAAACAGGGUGUGUUGUUGAAGAGAAGUGGAAACUCAUUAAACAAAGAGUGGAAGAAGAAGUAUGUUACACUGUGCAACAAUGGUAUCUUGUCCUAUCAUCCCAGUUUACACGAUUAUAUGCAGAACAUCCAUGGAAAAGAGAUUGAUCUUCUCAGGACCACAGUUAAAGUUCCUGGCAAGCGGCCACCCCGUGCUGUUUCAGCCAGUGGUGCCUCCACCAGCCUGAAUGGACUCGUGAGCAGUGGGCAAGAAAGUGUUGAUUCUCUGCAUUCUGGUGGUUUAGACCCUGUUGCUGAGCAAGCAGUCAGUGGUGAUACCAACGUCAAAGGAAAGCUCCCGAACUGCCCCUCCAUUCCUAGCAGUGACCAGUGGAGUGAAAAUAACUCAAGAACCACUGAAAGGGCUGCCACAGGCGAAGGUAUCUCCAGUCCCUCGAGCAGCAAGCUGGACUCCCCGCCCUCGCCCCAGAUAAACCGAAGGAAGCAUCGCAGGAAGAAGAGCGUGAGCAGGGCAGAUGGCAUGAUGGGGCUGGCAGAAGACCAAGAGGAGAACAUUGAGUUCACCAUUGUUUCCAGCACUGGACAGAUGUGGUACUUUGAAGCGUUGAAUUUUGAAGAGAGGGAUGCCUGGGUGCAAGCCAUUGAGAGUCAAAUCCUGGCCAGUCUGCAGUCCUGUGAAAGUAGCAAGAACAAGGCUCGGAUGGACAGCCGGAGUGAAGCUGUUGCCCUUCAAGCGAUAAGAAAUGCCAAAGGAAAUUCAUUCUGUGUUGACUGUGCUGCUGCAAACCCUACCUGGGCAAGUCUGAACUUAGGAGCACUCAUCUGUAUUGAAUGCUCAGGGAUUCAUCGUAAUCUUGGGACCCAUCUUUCACGAGUACGAUCCCUGGAUCUUGAUGACUGGCCUUUGGAGCUAACUCUCGUGUUGACGUCUAUUGGAAAUGAGAUGGCAAACAGUGUUUGGGAGAGGAAUACUCGGGGACGCAGCAAGCCUACACCAGAAUCUACACGGGAAGAAAGGGAAAGCUGGAUCAGAGCAAAGUACGAGCAGAAGCUCUUUGUCGCACCCUUGAAAUACCGCGACGCUCCCAUUGGAAAGCAGCUAUUCCGAGCUGUCAUGGAGAAGGACCUUCACAGUAUCUUACUACUACUUGCUCACGCCAAGAAGGAGCACAUCAAUGAGUGCACUGAAGAUAAAGACAAACGGACAGCUCUGCAUCUCGCAUGUGAACUGAAGGAUGUAGUAAUAACGCAGCUCCUUGUCUGGUACGGCAUUGAUGUGAAGGCCAGAGACGUGAAUGGAAACACAGCCCUGUACCACGCCCGGCGAGCAGGUAGCCAGGAGUGCAUGGAUGUUCUGUUGCAACACGGUUGUCCCAGUGAUGGCUGCAGUAUGACACCCAGUCUCAGCAGGAAAAGUAUCAGCACCAGUCUCGGAAGGACUGAGUCCAGGCUUCCACAUUAAACAGAAGCCUUGAAGCACUGUGCUUCCACGCCGUUACAUUCUCAAAGGGCAGCUACUGCAGCCUCCAGACUUUCCCACCCCCACCAACUCCCACCCCAUUUUAUUGCAGAAUUUGGUGACCAGGAGCUGCAAUUCAUGGCAACCAGAUGUUAAUUUUACAACAAGCGAUGAUACCAAUUGUCCCAAAGCCUUCUGACCAAGAGAUUGAAACUGCUGUUCUUCAAUGUAAGAGCUGUCUGAUGUUUUAAGGACCAUUUCCUUGACUGUCCGUCCCAGGUUAUAUCUAAGUAACACAAUGUCAAGAAUGCCACGACUUGUAGGACACUGGUGUAGCCAUAGGAGCGAGGGUUUGAUGAAGGUUCCUGCUCCUCCUGCCUGCCGUUUUAUAAUUCUUAAAAAGAAUUGGAAGUUGUUUACACAAAGCAAAACCAUGACGUACUGGAGUCAUGAACCUGCAGUAAGUUAUAGAGGCCAGUUUUCAGCUCCAAAUGUUUUAUAUUUGACAUAAUGAAAUUGUUGUCAGUUUUAUUUUCUAACUGUUGAAAUGGUGGUCCUAUAGGUACCGAAUGUUCCUUUGCAGUUUUAUUUCCCCAGAUGUGCACUUGUAUUUAAAUUUGUAAAAGAAAUUUGUGUGUAAUAUUGGAUAUUACAGUAUUUAGAGAAAUGUGAAGACCUACAGAACAUUCUUUCGUACUAACCUCUGAAAUUCCAAAUAAGAAAUAGUUAUAUAUCAUUCUUAUUUUGAGGUAAGUGGAAAAGGAGCCACUGGAGAGGUAGGUGUCUCAAUUGUCCAUCUUAAAAGGCUGCAGUAACACUUUUUUGGCUGAUGAGGCUCCAUUAUUAUGCACAAAGCCCUUUAACUAUACAGUAUUCUAUCAUAAUAGUAUCAAGUCAACAAUCUGCAUUGGCUUGUCUGAAGUUAUGUUUGAAGCUGGACCUCUAAGUUUGGUACAAAAUACUGUUGGACAAAAGGAUUUUUUAAAAAAAGAGAGGCUUGUGCUGAUAUAAAGCAGCACUGAUGCAAACUAAAGAAAGGUCUGCAAUUCAAACAAUCCUGCUGUCAACAAAAGGAGCACUGUCUGACAGGAAGGUAGUGAAAGGAGAUUAAAGCAGAGCGUGGUAUGGGGGUAGGGGGGGCAAAUAAGUAAAGUAAGGGACUUUUAAAGAAACAUUUUUUAAAAGUGGAGCACUAAUGUGUAGUGCCAUGAAAUCAGCUACUGAGUGGAGACCAGACCAUUCACCGCAGGGAAGAUAAUAUCAGGAAUCAUUACCAAGCACUCAGGCAAACCACCUAAUGGCUAAUUUCAGAGUGGUGUUGGCAGGCGACUCACAGUCAACCACGUGUCCCAGUUAGCAUGCAAGUGAGACUAGAAUGUGGUGGCGGGGGAGAGAACAUUGAGAGUUUAAAUUGAAAAGAAAAAAAUGGCCUGGACAGGGUGCUGCAAUUUCAGCACAGCAUGUAAUUCUUAGUUAUCCUGACAAGGCCUCUUCAGUUCCAGCACUUCAUCAGUGCAGGAAGAUUUUAGCAGCCGAAUAACUAGAUCAUGGUAAUUCAGUAGUGGCACACUGCUAGAAUGGUGGGAGACACUUUAGCUGAGUGUGUUUGUAAUGCCUCUCAAGGUUUUUGUUCUUGACUCAGAAAUCUAAGCAAACAACCAAGACCCACAAUGCAGGACACUACUAGGAUUGAAAUGAAUGGGAUAGAAAACAGGAUAAGUCAAGAAGUAGGGUUUGGAUGAUGUCAAAGUUGGGUUUUAUAGAUUGUAGGAGAAAAUGCAUUUACUGCCAAGUAUCCAGUUUACAGUGGUGACUACAAAUGAACUGCCAUUUGAGGUCUCAUGGCAUCUACAAUACCAUCCAUAUCACAACCCAAUGGCUGGGCCAUUGUAUCUUCUGCAUUAACAGUUGCAUGUUUUUUUAUGGAAAAUUCCUGCUUCAAUAUAUGAGACAAGCCAUUUUGUGCAAGCUCCUAGUUCCUAGCAGUUAAAAAAUUGAACCAUUGUUUUGGCUGCAUAUGUGGUGGGACCAAGAGAAAAUGUAAACGUAUGCAAAAAGUAGGCUGCGUGUUUGCUUGAUUCACUUGGUGGUUUGCCUUUGAGCAGGAAGGUUGUGGGUUCAGAACCACCAUUCCUGACUUAAAUCCCAGUGCAGUACUGAGGGAGUGCUGCAUUGUCAGAGGUACCAUCCUGUAGAUAAGACUUCAAAUGAGGUCGAGUCUGCCCAUUCUGGUGGUUCAGAUGGACAUGAAAGAUCCCAUCGCACAGUUUGAGGAAGAGCAGUUCUCUCAGUGUCCUGGCCAACAUUCAUCCCUCGAAAAACAUCGCCAAAAAUUAGCUGGUCCUCGCUUUCAUUGCUGCUUCUGCAAUCUUGCUGUGCGCAAAAUGGCUGCCGCAUUUGCCUCCAUAGCAACAGUCACUGCAUUUCAAAAUAAUUCCUGAUAUCUGAGUGUUUUUGGACAUUUCUGAGAGAUGUGAUAAGGCGCAAUAUAAGUGCAAGUCUUUUUAAUGCAAAGUUUGCAGCACGCUUGGGGGAAGGGGAAGGAGUGGGUUGACACUUACAAUUUCAAAUCUGAACCUUGCUGUCUGACAGUAAGCACUUGGCCAGCUGUUGAUUUGGCUCACACCCUUGAAGUUUCACAAAAAGCCAGGGUGUGACAAUAAUAAUUCUAUGUAUAUAGAGCGCUACACACUAGUAGUACUGUUCUUUCAAAUAUUCUGGGAAAUGAUUUCCUCCAUGUGCCAUAUCUAGCAAAAUCAUAAAUACAGCACAUUUACAAUUUUGCUUCAUAUAGCACACAGGAUAAUUUCCCCAUCCUUCCCACCUCCUGUUGGCUUUUAGUACCUCUUGUAUUGCUCAUUUUAAAUAGACAAUCUGCUGUUUACAGUUUAGUAAAAACGAAAUCCACACAGAAGUCCUGUUUCCUUCUAGGUUAAUGGUACAAGUUGUCAAUGUGUGAAAAUUGUGUAGAAGUUGACUACUUUUUAAUGGAGAUUGCCUUUGGUGACUGUUUUGAUCAGUUUCAGUCACUCACUGUUUUAAUGAAGUUCAACUUUUUAGCCUUCAGUCCCGUCUGUAUUUGUGACUAUUUACUGCCUAAUAAAACUCAUCGCAACUUUAAUUAACAGAACCACUUUUUAUUUUCAAUUUUUCUCCUUUCUCUCCCAAAGGCACCGACUGGCCUUUGCUGGGGUAGUUUUGCAAGUUCUGUCACUCCAGUAUCUCACCCAACCAAUCGUACUUUAUGUGCCAGUCUAGACAGUAAUGGCAUCAAAGCAGAGUCUCUUCCUGCCCCUAUCAAAUGCCCAGACUUGCACAUUUCCCAGCAAAAGUCACUGCACAGCAAGCAGGAACAGGAAUCCAGACUCAUUUUAUCUCUCCUACUGCCUUGGCCAAGAGCACUUCCAGCUAUAGCAGGCCUAGUUCUGCCAUGGCUGGAGUCAGCUAACUCAGCACAGACCCUGACUCACCAAAAGCCCUUGAAACAAAUGAGUAUCUCAAACAUUAGGUUAUGAUUUUAUGAUGGAAGAACUGUUUCCCUUACCAAGUUAAAAUUAUUUUGCAAGCUGAUUUUUGGAUGCAAUGUAAAAUAUGUCUCUGCUCCUCUGAAACGUUAAUUCUUGUUCCAUUAAAAAUGUCUGGUUCCA